AUGAUGAAAAGUAAUAGUGGUAUUGAUCAGAUAUUAGAUUCUCAUUAUAGAAACAAAAUAACUGAAAAUAGAACUAAUUUAAAACCAAUUGUAACAUCACUUUUAUUCUGUGCAUUACAUAACUUACCUAUUCGUGGAGAUAAUGAUAAUACUGCUGUAUUUAAUAAUCUACUAGAAUUCAGGAUUUACGCUGGUGAUUUAGUUUUAAAAAGUCAUUUAGAAAAAUCUCCUAAAAAUGCCUUAUAUAUAUCUCACCGUGUACAAAAUGAACUAAUAGAAUGUGCAUCAUCUACAUUAAGGACAGUUAUUACCAAUGAAGUUAGACAAGCAUUUUGUUUUUCAAUUAUAGCUGAUGAAACAGCGGAUAUUAGUGGUGUUGAGCAACUAUCAAUAUGUGUAAGGUACUUGAAGGAUAAAUUAGUUCAUGAAGAAUUUUUAGGAUUUUUCCCUCUACUUGAAUUUGAUGCCAAAUUUAUUACAAAAAUAAUUUUAGAGGCAUGUAGUAAUAUUGACAUUAAUAUGAAUAAAUGUGUUGGUCAAGGUUUUGAUGGAUGUGCAACAAUGGCAGGGCAUAUAUCAGGAGUACAAAAAUGA